AUGCCCAACUAUGUGAAGUUUUUGAAUGAAAUUUUGACAAAGAAGAGGAGACUUGGUGAAUUUGAAACGAUGGCUUUGACUGGAGGUUGUAGUGCUAUUUUGAAGAAUAAAAUUCCUCCUAAGUUGAUAGAUUCGGGCAGUUUCACAAUUCCUUAUUCUAUUGGUGGUAGAGAUGUUGGUAGAGCUCUUUGUGAUUUGGGGGCUAGUAUUAAUUUGAUGUCCAUGUCUAUUUUCAAGAAGUUGGGAAUUGGAGAAGCAAGACCAACCACCAUCACUUUUCAAUUAGCGGAUCGCUCUAUGGCACAUGUGGAAGGAAAGAUUGAAGAUAUUCUUGUGCAAGUUGAUAGGUUUAUUUUUUUGGAUGAUUUUAUUAUUCUUGAUUAUGAAACAGAUAGAGAUGUUCCAAUCAUUUUGGGGAGACCAUUUCUUGCUACCGGAAGGACUUUAAUUGAUGUCCGAAAAUGA